AUUUUGACUUUCCUUAAUUUACCCUCGAACUUUCACUUUAUUCCCUACGUAUCCCCUUCCCAAUCGAACGAAAACGAGAAAGAAAAACCAGAGCAUUCGCUCGUUUUUUUUUCCCUUUAGUUUUUCAUUAUUAUUAUUUUUUUUUUUGAAGUGAAAACAUAUAUAUUUUUUUUCGCCGAGGACUCGUUUUCUUCUUCUCCUUCUCCUCCCCCUUCCUUUAAUUUCUUCUUUAUUUUAGUUUUACUUUCCAGAUUCGUUAAUUCGAAGAUUGUAUAUUCCGGUCAUGACGAUGAUGACUCCUCAGCCCUUAGAUCAACAAGAAGACGAGGAGAUGCUGGUGCCCCAAUCGGAUUUCGUGGAUGGCCCCGCACCUGUUGUAGAAGGUCCUCACCCUUUGGUAGAAGGCCCUCAACCCAUGGAAGUAGCGCAGCAAGAGAAUGCUAAUACAGCAGAGAACCAAGCUGUAGAUGAGCCCCAAGCAUCACGGUUCACAUGGACAAUCGAGAACUUUACGCGCUUGAAUGUGAAGAAGCUUUACUCUCAGGAAUUUGUUGUUGGAGGUUACAAAUGGCGGGUGCUAAUUUUCCCCAAAGGGAACAAUGUGGACUUCUUGUCUAUGUAUUUAGAUGUUGCUGAUUCUGCUAGCCUGCCAUAUGGAUGGAGUCGCUAUGCCCAGUUUAGUUUAGCCGUUGUUAAUCAAAUUCAUAACAAGUACACCAUUAAAAAGGACACCCAGCACCAGUUUAAUCAACGGGAGAGUGACUGGGGUUUUACAUCUUUUAUGCCUCUUAGUGAACUUUAUGAUCCCAAUAAGGGGUACCUUGUCAAUGACACUGUUGUUGUUGAAGCUGAUGUUGCUGUGCGUAAAGUUAUAGAUUACUGGACAUAUGAUUCAAAGAAAGAGACUGGUUAUGUGGGCCUAAAGAAUCAGGGAGCCACUUGUUACAUGAACUCUCUUCUGCAAACCUUGUACCAUAUUCCCUACUUUAGGAAGGCUGUAUAUCACAUGCCAACCACAGAGAAUGAUGCGCCCACAGGAAGCAUUCCUCUUGCGCUUCAAAGUUUAUUUUAUAAGCUGCAGUAUACCGACACCAGUGUUGCAACAAAAGAGUUGACUAAAUCUUUUGGUUGGGAUACAUAUGACUCGUUUAUGCAGCAUGAUGUGCAGGAACUUAAUAGGGUUUUGUGUGAAAAACUUGAAGAUAAGAUGAAGGGUACUGUUGUUGAAGGGACAAUACAAAAGUUGUUUGAAGGGCACCACAUGAAUUACAUUGAAUGCAUCAAUGUAGACUUUAAAUCUACCAGAAAAGAGUCAUUCUAUGAUCUUCAACUUGAUGUGAAAGGCUGCAAGGAUGUGUAUGCAUCGUUUGAUAAGUAUGUGGAAGUUGAACGUCUUGAAGGUGAUAACAAGUACCAUGCCGAGGAACAUGGUUUGCAGGAUGCGAAGAAAGGUGUCCUCUUUAUUGACUUCCCUCCUGUCCUUCAGCUUCAGCUCAAGCGGUUUGAGUAUGACUUUAUGCGUGAUACAAUGGUUAAGAUAAAUGACCGAUACGAGUUCCCUCUGCAAUUGGACCUUGAUAGGGACAAUGGCAAGUAUUUAUCCCCUGACGCAGAUAGGAGUGUCCGUAAUCUCUACACACUUCACAGUGUUCUGGUCCAUAGCGGCGGGGUACAUGGUGGACAUUAUUAUGCUUUCAUCAGACCAACUCUAUCUGAUCAAUGGUAUAAAUUCGAUGAUGAAAGAGUUACGAAAGAGGAUGUGAAACGGGCGCUGGAAGAGCAGUACGGUGGUGAGGAAGAGUUGCCGCAAACAAAUCCGGGCUUCAAUAACAGUCCCUUCAAAUUCACAAAAUAUUCAAAUGCAUACAUGCUUGUGUAUAUACGGGAAAGUGACAAGGAUAAAAUUAUUUGUGAUGUUGAUGAGAAGGACAUUGCUGAGCACCUAAGGAUAAGAUUGAAGAAGGAGCAAGAAGAGAAGGAGGACAAGAGAAGAUAUAAAGCCCAGGCGCACCUUUAUACCAUUAUCAAGGUUGCCCGAGAUGAGGAUCUGAGAGAACAAAUCGGAAAGGACAUAUAUUUUGACCUUGUUGAUCAUGAUAAAACUAGAAGUUUUCGGAUACAAAAACAAAUGCCUUUUAAUCUUUUUAAGGAGGAGGUAGCCAAAGAGUUUGGCGUGCCUGUUCAAUACCAGCGUUUUUGGUUGUGGGCAAAGAGACAGAACCACACUUACCGUCCCAAUCGGCCAUUAACACCACAAGAGGAAGCACAAACGGUUGGUCAGCUGAGGGAAGUUUCAACCAAGACUCACAAUGCGGAACUUAAAUUAUUUUUGGAAGUGGAGUACGAUAUGGAUUUACGUCCUGUGCCCCCACCAGAAAAAACUAAAGAAGAUAUACUUCUUUUCUUCAAGCUCUAUGAUCCUGAAAAAGAAGAGCUCCGAUAUGUGGGCAGGUGCUUUGUCAAGAGUUCUGGAAAGCCAAUUGAAAUCCUGGGAACACUAAAUGAGUUGGCUGGAUUUGCUACAGAUGAAGAUAUUGAAAUUUUUGAGGAAAUAAAGUUUGAACCAAAUGUAAUGUGUGAACGGCUUGAUAGAAGGUCUUCGUUCCGAUUGAGUCAGAUUGAAGAUGGGGACAUCAUCUGCUUUCAAAAGCGCCUUUCACCAGAGCGUGACGAACAACUUCGAUAUCCUGAUGUUCCUUCAUAUUUAGAAUAUGUCAAAAAUCGUCAGGUUGUACAUUUCCGAAGUCUGGAAAGACCGAAGGAGGAUGAUUUUUGUCUGGAGUUGGCAAAGAACCACACUUAUGAUGAUGUGGUAGAGAGAGUAGCAGCGAAGCUUUGUCUGGAUGAUCCAUCCAAAAUUCGGCUCACACCGCAUAAUUGCUAUUCUCAGCAACCAAAACCUAAUUUCAUUAAAUAUCGAGCUGUUGACCACUUGUUAGAUAUGCUUGUCCAUUACAAUCAGAUUUCUGAUAUUCUGUACUAUGAAGUGCUAGACAUUCCUCUGCCGGAACUGCAGUGUCUGAAGACAUUGAAAGUUGCAUUUCACUCUGCCACAAAAGAUGAGGUGGCAAUUCUCAAUGUUAGGUUGCCAAAACAGAGUACUGUGGAAGAUGUACUCAAAGAUAUAAAAACAAAGGUGGAGUUGUCUCAACCAAAUGCAGAACUUAGGUUGCUUGAGGUUUUCUACCAUAAGAUAUACAAGAUCUUUCCUCUCAACGAGAAGAUUGAAAACAUAAAUGAUCAAUACUGGACACUGCGUGCUGAGGAGAUUCCGGAAGAAGAGAAGAACCUUGGUCCUCAUGACCGCUUAAUCCAUGUAUAUCAUUUUACAAAGGAAACAGCACAAAAUCAAAUGCAAGUUCAAAACUUUGGAGAACCUUUUUUCCUGGUUAUUCAUGAAGGGGAAACAUUAGCUGAAGUUAAGCUGCGCAUUCAAAAGAGAUUGCAGGUUCCGGAUGAGGAAUUUUCAAAGUGGAAGUUUGCUUUUCUAUCACUGGGGCGUCCGGAGUAUCUUCAAGACUCUGAUAUUGUAUUUAAUCGAUUUCAGAGGAGAGAUGUUUAUGGUCCUUGGGAACAGUACCUUGGGUUAGAGCAUUCUGAUACCACUCCUAAAAGAGCUUACGUAACAAAUCAGAAUCGCCACACUUAUGAGAAGCCUGUCAAAAUAUACAAUUAAGGGAUAUUGACAGGACCACAGGCCCAAGAGGUAGUAUGCCUAUCCAGAGUUUAAGUUGGAAGUGUAAAAAGUUGGGACUUGUUGAACAUGAAAGUCAGGGAGAGGUAGCUUGAGGGUAUCCAUCUUUUUUUUUUUUUUUUUCUCUUUCUAGAUCCUUGGUGAUUGGGUGGUUUUGUAGGCCGAAAUUCUUUGUGGUACUUUUUUCUUGGGGAAAGAACUUUUCUCUUAGGUCAUGGUUGACAUUGUUAAAAAAAAUAGAUGUUCCCCUUUCACCCUCUUUGAAGGCCCUUAUUUGCCAGGGGACUGGGAUCAGUUUGUUUCCUGUGUAGUUAUUGCUACUAUAGAACGAUUUUGAUUCAAAAGUAUGUAAAGCUGAAGGGAGAGGUUGCUAUUUCUCUUUGCUCAUCAUUUUUUGGUCAUAAUAACUAGUUUAUGGUGCCCCUCUUUUGGUAGAGUACAUUGUUGGUAUAUUAUAAGGAUGAUACAUCUGUAAGAGAAAGAGACGCUUCCAGUAAAGAUCCAAUAUAAAAGCUCCUUUUUUUUCACUUUUAUGUAAUAUUGUUUCUCUUGUACUUGGCAGAGUUAUUUGUAUAUUAUUAUUGGAAGAAUGCCCUAAAUAAACAAGGCUACAUGGGCAAGUUGCCUCUUUGAUGGAGUGUUUUUCCUGUGUAUGGAGACCUAUAUGCUUGCUUCGACACUGAUGUCAAUAGUUUGUUUUAAAUUUUAAAGUUAUUCUGAACUGACCUUAGUUGAAGCUCUACUAGCACAAAUGGCAAUGGUUGACUUUGGCGUUGUUUAAAAGCAUGU